AUGUCCAAUUUGCUGCCCCUGGCGGCGAAGGUGAAAGCUUCGGCUGGGUCCUCCAAAGAGGCGCGGCGGAUCUUUGAUGGCAGCAAUGAGACGUGCUGGUCGUUUGAUUUGGGCGAUCCCAGCACGUCGUCUACCAUGCAGCUCACAUGCACCUUGGCUGAGCCACGUACGAUGCUCGAGGUAGCCGAACUUCGAUGCACCUUUGCGGGUGGAUUUGCGGCGAUCCGCGUAGCUGUUCUGUUUGGCUAUGCAACCCAAGACAAAAUUUUGGAUUGGGCCCGGGUCCAAGAGGUCUUUCCCAAGGAUGGCAAUAUGAUGCAAAAGUUUGGAUGGAAUACAGAGGUAGCACAACAAGCCGUCCAAGCGAUAGGGCGGGAUAUGGAUACGCCUGUGACGCAUAUAGCUCUCUCGUUGGAAGGAAGUACGGAUGGAUUCGGUCGUGUUACUGUCUAUGAGCUAGGGAUAUGGACACAGACCUAA